AUAGCCCGGGAAAGGGGGCGGGCAAUCGUGUGCGUAAGGCCGGAGUGGCUGUACUCGGGUUCUACCUCAAACCGAGGCAACCCUGAGAAAGAGCUGAACUGGAGGCCGGAAGUACUCGGAAGUCACGUGCUUCCCGCGGCGCGUGAGUGAUUGGCUUGACGAGACGUGAACGAUGCUGCUGUGAUUGCUGAAUUGUCUGGGCAGGUAAAAAAGAGAACCGGGUUUUUUUUUCCCCCCCUAACGUUCUGUGUAAUCUCCUGCCCUUGCAGCUCUAGAGCGUUCUGCGCUGUGCUUUGGUAGCAGGAAUGAUAAACGCUCGCGACGUUGUAUCCGACGUGCACCUGUCUGCUCCCAAUUCAAGUAAUGCAGAAGUCCUUCCCUUGCAUGUGUUUAGGUGCAGCCUUGUAGCGGCCCGGGGAUGCAACGUUAAACAUCGCAUGCACAAAAAGUCUUGAUGUAAUUUUUCAUAGGGAUGAGGUAUGAUUUAUGAAGCAAAGGGUUAAAAAGCGUUUCAUUCUGUCAUUCAGAUGCAUCCCACAUGCAAAAAAUACAUUCCACAAUUUGAUGUUGGAAUAAUUAUGUACGGCCUAAUUCCAACGGAGAAUCUGAAACCCUUUCGAAAGCUAACAUCUGAAAGUAGAAGCUGGGGCAUUUGAUUUAGGAAGCUUUGUCAGAUUUAUGGAUGGAACCUCGGACCACUGUAUUUUUUUUGCCACAAGGAUUUGCAGGUGAUGAGGAAUAAUUGGGGUGGGGUGGGCAUUAAGCUGAGUUUUGCAAGCUCUUGAAAAAUAUUUAUGUAAUGACCCAUUUCUCAGCUAGUUUUCUAGGAGAGAAGAGGCUUAAGUGGUGCUGCUCCCUCAAAAAGGCUGAUCAGGGUUAGGAUUAAACGGAAUUAAACAGCCAAUAAUGGUGCCCUGAAAGGAGCCCUGGUGGCACAGUGGUUAAGUGUUUCGCUUCUAACCAAAAGGUUGGAGGUUGGAACUCACCAGCCGCUCCAUGGGAGAAAGAUGUGGCAGUCUGCUUCCAUAAGGAUUACAGCCUUGGGAACCCUGCGAGGCAGUUCUACUCUGUCCUGUAGGGUAACUCUUAAUUGGAAUCGACUCAACACAAUGGGAUUUUUUAAUGGUGCCCUGAACUGAGGAUCAGAUACCAUCUUUGGUUCUGGUACAAAAAAAUAUCCAAGGAUGCUAAACCUAUGUAUGGAAAAUAUAUGGCCUUUUUUUCUUCCCUACGGUGAAAGAGCUAUUCAUAAGGUUUUCCUAUGCAUGUGAAAGCUGGACGAUGGAUAAAGACCGAAGAACAAUUGACGCCUUUGAAUUGUGGUGUUGGAAAAGAACACUGAAUAUACUAUGUGCUGCCAAAAGAAUAAACAAAUCUGUCUUGGAAGAAGUACAACCAGAUUGCGCCCUAGAAGCAAGGAUGGUGAGACUACUACGUCUCACAUACUUUGGAUAUGUUGUCAGGAGGGAUCAGACUCUGGAGAAGGACACCAUACUUGGUAAAGUAGAGGGUCAGCAAAAAAGAGGAAGACCCUCAAUGAGAUGGAUUGACACAGUGGCUGCAACACUGGGCUUAAGCAUAAAAACGAUUGUGAGGAUGGCUCAGGAUUGGGCAGUGUUUUGUUUUCUUGUACAUAGCGCUGCUAUGAGUUAGAACCGACUGGAUGGCACCUAACAACAACAACCGUGGUGAAAGGGGUGGAGGGAAUAGGAAUCUAGGAAAAGGUAACCGGGAAACCUAUAAAUGUAUUCAUUGAAUAAAUCCUUGCUGAGUGCUACUCUGUGCCAGACAGUGUUCUAGAUGCUGAGGUAGAGCGGCCCAUGAGGCAGACAGGAUCCCUGCUUUUAUGAUGUUUACAUUCUAAGGGAGACAGAUCAGAAACAAUUAAGCAAGUGUGUAAAUAAAUAACAAAGCAGGGCAAUUUUAAGAGGGAUCCUGAGGUGAGAGGACACUGGGAGGAGGUGCCAUUUGACCUGAGGAAGCUAGCCAUGCAACAUUCACAGGGAAAGGCAUUCCAGGGAGAGGGAACAGCAAGCACAAAGGCCCUGAGGCAGGGACAAGCUGGCGUGUUGAAGGAACAGAAAGGUCAGUAUGGCCGGGGCGGGGGGCAGUGGCAGAAGGGGAGAGUGCAGAGAAAUGAGGUUGGGAACGUAGAUGAGGGCAUAUCAGGUACAACUGUAGUCAUGGAUUUUAAUCUGAGCUUGGAUUUUAUUCUUAUCUCAUUGACAAGCUAUUGGAGGCUCCAAUGCAUGUUUUGUGUAUUUCCCAAUCAGAACACAUAGUUUGACAAUAGGAUGAAACACAUGAAGGUCAUAACUGUCCUCAAGAGUCCACAGAGGGGCCAAUGAGAGGCUAAGGAGACAUGUUGAGCAGAAGGAAUGAUCUGCUUGUAGCUACUCAUGAUGUUCCAAGACUUACGAGUACUGGUGUCCUCAAGGUGUCCCAUGGACUGUUCACGCAGGUAUCUGUCCCAUCCAGGGUCUGCAGUCUUGCAAGCUCCCCUGACCUGUGCAUCCCUCUGGAGAGAAAAAGGACGUGGAGGCCUGCUCUCUCUGGGAUCCUGGGAUCACAACCCCACCAGGAGCCCUGAAUGCCCACCCCAGGUGUCGUCAACAUGGAGUUCUGAAGUCCAUGUGGCUCCUCACAGUGAACCAGGUGUUAAGGAAAAUGCAGAGGCGCCACAGCAGCAACACGGAUAACAUUCCACCUGAAAGAAACCGCAGUCAAGCGCUCAGCUCCGAGGCGAGUGUGGAUGAAGGUGGCGUCUUUGAAAGUCUGAAGGCAGAAACCACCUCUCCCCCAGCACUCUUCUCGGGCUUAACUGGCUUAACCGGCCUCCCCACAGGCAGCAUCCCUGCCAACCCCUUCCCGUCCAGUCUGGUGCUGGGGUCCUCGGCCAGUGGCGGAGACGUGUUCAUCCAGAUGCCGGCCUCCAGGGAGGAGGCCGGGGACCGGGGGCAGGGGGGUGCCUACCACCACCGCCAGCCCCCGCACCACUUCCACCACGGCCACCGCGGGAGCUCGCUGCUGCAGCACGUGGGCGGGGACCACCGUGGGCACUCAGAAGAGGGGAACGAUGACCAGCCCGGGACGCCCGCCCCUGCCCUGUCAGAGCUAAAGGCUGUCAUCUGCUGGCUUCAGAAAGGGCUUCCAUUUAUCCUGAUUCUCCUGGCCAAAGUCUGCUUCCAGCAUAAGCUGGGCAUUGCUGUGUGCAUUGGGAUGGCCAGUACCUUCGCCUACGCCAACUCUACGCUCCGAGAACAGGUCUCGCUGAAGGAGAAGAGGUCGGUGCUGGUCAUCUUGUGGAUCUUGGCCUUUCUGGCGGGGAACACCCUGUAUGUGCUCUACACCUUCAGUUCUCAGCAGCUAUACAACAGCCUCAUAUUCCUGAAGCCCAACCUGGAGACGCUGGAUUUCUUCGACCUGCUGUGGAUCGUGGGGAUCGCAGACUUUGUGCUGAAGUAUAUCACCAUCGCCCUCAAGUGCCUUAUCGUGGCCCUGCCCAAGAUCAUCCUGGCUGUCAAGUCCAAGGGAAAGUUCUAUCUAGUCAUCGAGGAGCUGAGCCAGCUGUUCCGAUCACUUGUCCCCAUCCAGCUCUGGUACAAAUACAUUAUGGGCGACGACUCCUCCAACAGCUACUUCCUGGGAGGGGUCCUGAUCAUUCUCUACAGCCUCUGCAAGUCAUUUGACAUCUGUGGCCGCGUGGGUGGCGUUAGGAAAGCCUUGAAGCUUCUGUGCACUUCUCAGAAUUAUGGGGUCCGGGCCACGGGGCAGCAGUGCACGGAAGCCGGUGAUAUCUGCGCCAUCUGCCAGGCUGAGUUCCGAGAGCCUCUGGUCCUCGUGUGCCAGCAUGUAUUCUGCGAGGAGUGCCUGUGCCUCUGGCUGGACCGCGAGCACACCUGCCCGCUCUGCCGCUCCGUUGCUGUGGACACCCUGCGAUGCUGGAAGGAUGGGGCCACCUCUGCGCACUUCCAGGUGUAUUAGGGCCGGAAACCGAGGAAUCAAUGCCAGGCCCUCUGCCGCCCUCCCUUUUCCUUCCUCUCUCGUUCUGUGUGAGCAGUGCACCCUUCCCCUGUAAAUGGGGAAGCCUUCCUCCAGCCCCACUGGAAGUCAGUUGAAAGGGAACUGAUAAUACAUAAAGUCCCACCUCUUGGUUAUUUUAACUCGUGGUGACCUAGUACCUAAGGCUGUGAACCGGGAGGGUCCUGAAGAGCCCUGCCUCUCCACAAAAUGGCCCAGGACCACGGAUUAGAGUCACUAUGAAGCAUCUUCAGUGUACACAUGCUAGGCCCCACCAUAUACCUAUACUCAUUUAAUGUACCAACCACUUAGCAUGUACCAGGUACAGUAUCUCGCAUCCUGCUUGGGAUUCCUUAGGUAAUACAACAGGUCUAUGAUAGAGGUACUGUUGUUUCUCCAUUUUACAGAUAAGAAAACUGAGGCACAGAGCUUGAUGUGGUGACUUCGCCCAAGGUCACCCAGCCAGCAGUGGCAGGCCAAAUUUCCAACACAGGCCUGCCUGGUCUCAGAGUCUGCUUUGUUACCCACCAGUGCUGACCAUCCGCUCAGACGCCCCAGGUGCAGGGCCCAGGAGAAGUGAUUUAAAAAAUCACAACAGGUGACUCUGAUGCCCUAUCUGGUUAGGGGUCAGUGGUCCAGGUUCGCAGCAUGUUAAGAGUUGGACUGCAUAGUGUAUGCUAACAGUGAACAUCAUCUCCUAAAAUCUAGUCGCGGCCGAAUCCACAGAAAGACUGGGUCCUUAAAAUUACUGUUUUUCUGGGCUGUGCCUGGGAUGUUGAGUCACAUGUGAGUAUCAAGAAAGGCAAGCUACAGCCCAGAUAUGGGUACCACCCAGUCCCCACUCCCAUCUGUUUGUUUUUUUUUUUUUUUAGUUGUG